GGUUUAAAGGCUCACAUGUUUCCUGCCGUGAAUGAGAUAAAAGUGCAAACAUGGCGGCGUGAGCAGCGGGGAGAGUGUCCGCGGAGGAGCGCUCAGUGUCGGCUGUUUUCCUGCGCUCACCGUGAAUGCGCUCCAGCGGCCCGGAGCCUGGAGAACCGCGGACCGGAGAACCGCACAGCCCGGCCAGAGGCGACCAUGAGCGGGGACGUCCUGUGUAACGGACACUCGGCGUUUCACCGCCUGCUGAAGCACAGCAGCUCCAGAACUCAUGAAGCGCUCGCUGUGAAGAUCAUCCAGGAGAACAAAAACACACGCCUGUUCUGCACAGCGCCCGAGCCCAGGAGAGACAGUGGUGUAAAUGGCGAGUUCCUCCUCAACAGUGCAGAGCUGCAGGACGAGCAGACGCUUCCACUGCACUGCAUCCACAGCGCUGCUGACAUCACUUCCUCUAAACACAGGAAGCCGGCCCGCCGCAAAGUCAAGAGGUCCACCAAGAGAGCUGCUGAGAGCAAGAGUCCUGCAAACCGGAAGGUCACCGAUUAUUUCCCCAUCAGAAGAAGCUCCAGAAAGAGCAAGAGUGAACUGAAGUAUGAAGAGAAGCAGCACAUCGACACACUGAUCAGCAACGGCAUCGAGGACGGGAUGAUGGUGCGCUUCAUCGAGGGGAAGGGUCGUGGGGUUUUCGCGACGCAGCCGUUCCAGAAGGGUCAGUAUGUGGUGGAAUAUCACGGAGAUCUGCUGCAGAUCACAGACGCCAAGCAGAGAGAGGCUCUAUACGCACAAGACCCCUCCACCGGCUGCUACAUGUACUACUUCCAGUAUCUCAGCAAAACAUACUGUGUGGACGCUACGAAGGAGUCGGAUCGGCUGGGCCGGCUCAUCAACCACAGUAAAAACGGGAACUGUCAAACCAAACUGCACGCCAUCGCCGGAAAACCUCACCUGAUCCUGGUGGCGUCCAGAGACAUCCAGGAAGGAGAAGAGCUGCUGUACGAUUACGGCGACCGCAGUAAAUCCUCCAUCGAGGCGCACCCGUGGCUCAAACAUUAACACCGUCUCUCAUCUAGACCCUUUUAAUCGAAUUAUUGCCUUAGGAAACAGAAUGUCGGGGAUAGUGAGUGUUACACAUGGUAGAUUUGCGGUACUGUCCUACUUUUAAGAUAUUUAUCCUGCUCUAUGACAUGCUAGUUUCGGCACAUUUUCUUUUUUUGUAUGUUUUAUAUAUUGGUAGAUCAGUGCUUCCAAAGCAUGCAGUUAUAGUCCAACUUUCUGCAUUUUUAUAAAGGGUUUUCUUAAUCUAAUGUAAGGUAGUUUAGAGGCUUAGCAAUAAUUAUUUAUGAUGCCCAAACAUUUGUGUUUGAAGCAGAAAGCCGGAGACGCUAACUAACAUAAGUAGGAGCGGCGUUUUAAAACAAGGUUCAGAAAACUGGAAUGUGAAGGCUAACUUUGAUAUUAUUUGAAACAUUAACGUUGUGCAAAUGAGUGUGUGUCGUGAUUAAUCUGAACAAAAACUGUAUAUCUGUUACACACAAUGACCAAACGCUCCUACGGAAGCAGUUCCAGUCCAUCUGUUUGAUGACGACGACGAUGAUGAUGAUGAUAGUUAAAUAAAUGAUUUUAUGCAAUGA